AUGGCCGCUGCGUCCACUCUCUUCUCGGUGCCGUCCUCGUCUUGCGCUCGUGGGCGUCGCCGCGUCUCCCAGUUCCGCUCCCCUUCUCUCUCCGUCUCCUCUUUGUCUUCUUUCUCCUCGUCUUCCUCCUCUUUUGUUUCGUCAUUCAGUGUUCCCGGACCCGCGUUCUCCUCCUUUUCCGAUGUCUCCUCGUCGUCUUUCUCUGUGUUCGCGAGCUCGGAGAAGAAGAAAGUCCUGAUCGUCAACACCAACAGCGGCGGCCACGCCGUCAUCGGCUUCUACCUUGCCAAAGAACUCCUCGGCUCCGGCCAUGAGGUCACUGUGCUGACCGUCGGCGAAGAGAACUCCGACAAGAUGAAGAAGCCACCAUUCUCCCGAUUCUCAGUAAUCUCCUCUCUGUGCCUCUAAUUCUGUUCUAAUAGUCGCCGCUUUGGAAAUUCUGUCCCUCUGGAGAAAAUGAGUGUAGAAGAAUUGUAGAUCUUAGUUCAACAUUUCAAUGUUUCCUUGUUUUCUCCCUUUUGGAUUCUUUUAGGAGCUCGUGACCGCAGGCGGCCGCACUGUUUGGGGUGAUGCCUCGGAUGUUGGGAAGGCAGUUGGUGGGGCCACAUUCGAUGUGGUCUUGGACAAUAAUGGCAAGGAUCUUGAUACCGUGCGGUAAAUGCGCCUGCCAAUUUAUUCUUUCUAAAUACACACUCUACAGAUAUCCUCUGAUUUUUAGUAUUUUUCUUUUCAUACACACUUCCCCGUCUAAUGUACAAUGUCCUUGGUGAAAUUAUGUUCGAAAUAUAAUCUAUAAGCAAAUAUGUGGUUUUUUUAACAUAAACCAUGAAAAAUUAACCUCAAUCAGAUCAGAGUAAGUAGAAAAAUAAAUUUAAGUAAAAUGGAUAUGCCCAACUUCAUGCCAAAGCUAAAUUCAAUCGAAUUAAGUAUUCACGUUUUAGGUUAUAUCGAGCACUUAAUAGGGUAAAAUUCAACUUCUUGAGGUCAGAGUGGAUAAAAAACGAAGUAAAAUACUAUGCCCCGUAUUUAGGAAAAAGGCCCAGUAAAUACAUAGCAGUAUCGACCGACUGCUAUAUUUGAGUCUUGUUUUGCUACUAAAUUCAUUCUGGCUCGUGUCUCUAGCUCUACUAAUAAUAGCGGUCAGAGCAUACGAGAAUUGAAAUAAUUUUCAGAUUAGCCAAAUGACUGAGGUUAGUCUUAUUAGGGAUGAAAGCUUUUCCUCUGAAGAUCGUGUCAAUUUUGAUAUAAUGUGAAUUUCUUGUGAGUUAUUGCAUGCUUGAGAAAUGGUUUGCUGAUUUAAUGGUUUACAUAUUUCCUUGGGGAUUUAUUCGAAUGUUUCCUUAAAGUUCCAUGGUCCCUUUCUUGAAUGUGUUUUCUCCUUCCUUAAUCAUAAUCCCUGAUUAUAGGCCGGUAGCUGACUGGGCCAAAAAUUCUGGUGCUGAGCAAUUUCUAUUCGUUAGCAGUGCUGGAAUUUAUAAGACGAGUGAUGAGUUGCCACAUGUUGAAGGGGUAUGAUUAACGAAAUUUUAACAUAUCUUGUUGAUUUCUUCCCAGUUAUGCUUUUCAUUCCUGAUUAUUCGCGAGCUGGAAGUUUCAUGAUCCUUUGAUAUAUUUUGGUGUCACUUAAGAUACUUGAUUAUAUGCUCUGCAUGACCAUUUACUUGAUUUAAUUUAUGCCCAGAACCACUCGUCAUUCACAGUUCAUUUAUUUCUAUUUGACUAUAUUAUAAAUUAUCUUAAUUUAGCACAAAUUUCUGGAGAACUUGAUUCGCUUCCAGUGUAUCUCAUCCUAUCUAUUAUCCUAUUUCUUCAACGAUGUUAUCAGAAAAACGGUCUAAAUGAAUCAAGAAAACACGGUGUUAAUAAAAUUUCAUAUUUUCGAAGACAAGAUAUUAUAAAUGCAGACUGCAUAAGGCUCUUGGGAAGAAAGUAACUCAGAAUCGGAAUAUCCCUAUAUGGUAUACGAAAUCCCAGAGCCUAUUCUGAUGCCAGACGCUCAAAUUCACCUGAUUUCAACCAAUUCCCUGUCAGAUGCCUCUUGAACUAUCUUGGCGGAGAAAACUCUUGAAGCAAAAGAUUCUGGAUAUUGACCAUCCCUUUUUGGUUUUACACUUGGGGAGCCUUUUGGAAUUCCUGUUUGAAGUGACUCUCCUUGCUUGGAAAUUUUGAAACUUUAUUAAAUGAUAGUAUUUUGAAAUUUCGUGCUAGAAAUUCAAUGUGGGAAAUAUGAUGAAUUAUCAUUCGAUGAUUUAUAAACCCAAAAUGAAUUUUUUUUGUUUUAUUUUGAAGCCUGAAAAAUUCAAAUCUAUCUUAUAUAUUCCCAGUGUCUCUAGCAAUAAGAGUUCAUGUGCGGAGAUAUUUAUUAUAUAGCAUUAAUUUGUCAAUUCCGAAGUCCUUGGACUAAGUAAAGUUAUUGAACGACUAUGAUGUGGGUGGAAAAAAUAUUACUUCUUUGAGAUCUCAGUAUACGUGUAUUACCUUGCCAAUUCACCCCCUUAAUGGAAUAACUAAAAUUGUUGGAACGAAUUUGGUGUAAACAGACUUAUGACUAUUUGUUAUAAUGCUGUGGUAAUAACUAGAACCUGAAUAGUAACAUAGCCUUUUGAUUGUGAAUAAUAAAAUAAUAAACGUAUUAUUUCACAAGUUCGUCAUCUGUCUGUAAGAUGCUACUUUUGGCCAUCGCAGGACCCUGUCAAAGCGGAUGCUGGGCACGUAGCAGUGGAAAAAUACAUCUCAGGGCUUUCCUUCGGCAGCUGGGCAGCAUUUCGACCUCAAUACAUGAUUGGAUCUGGAAACAACAAAGACUGUGAGGAGUGGUUCUUUGACCGUAAGAUCCUCCAUGACUUGCAUUGUUUUCCUGUCUUAUUUCAAUCUUACUCAUUGUGUGUUGAUUCCCUGGUUCGCUUCCAGUCAAUCUAUAUAUGUGCUAAAAUAUGGUUUAUUUCCUCCAAAGUUUGUCAUAUUUCUCCUUUUCCCAUGUAAAAAAUCGUUCUUCAACUCAUUUGGAGAGUAAUAUUUCUCUCAUUGAUGGAAAAAUCUGCCAAUAAAAAAGCACAGGAUCUGACUUCUAGUAAUAUUUAAAACAUUAUUUCCUUAAAAGGUCGCAAAAUUUCUUCGCCUUACCCCAUACAUAGAUCUUCUGCUUUAUCAAACUAUAGACUAAGUCUACUUACUUACCCAUAUACCCUAUUAUUUUUCUUAUCAAUAUAUAUAGUCUGAUGUACCAUGAUACUAUAUUAAAUUUCUUGAUAAGACAACCCAUAUGAUGUGAUGCCCUUUCUUUUUCAUUAGGAAUUGUCCGGGACAGGCCAGUCCCUCUUCCCGGCUCCGGGAUGCAGCUCACCAACAUCUCCCACGUCAGAGACUUGUCCAGCAUGCUGGCCCUGGCGGUCGAGAGCCCCGCCGCCGCCAAUGGCAACAUAUUCAAUUGCGUGAGUGACCGGGCCGUCACCUUCAUCGGGCUAGCCAAGCUGUGCGCCCAAGCUGCCGGCCGCGAGCCCCGGAUCGUCUUCUACGACCCCAAGGCCGCCGGCGUCGACGCAAAGAAGGCCUUCCCAUUCCGGAACAUGGUAGCUUACACAGCUUACUCCUCCCUAACAACGAUCUUAAUGAAUAAAUGACGACUAAUUCAAUGCUAAUGAUGUGUGCAGCACUUCUACUCUGAGCCCAGAGCCGCCAAGGAGGUCUUGGGCUGGACCAGCACCACCGAUCUUCCAGAGGAUCUGAAGGAGCGGUUCAGUGAGUACAUCAGCAUCGGCCGCGACAAGAAGGAGAUCAAGUUUGAUCUCGAUGAUAAGAUCCUGGAGUCCCUCAAGGUGGCAGUCACUGCCUGA